AUGCGUGCCUCGGGAAUUCCAUGUUGGCUGUCCGACCUGGACUGGGUGAUACAACAUCUACCGGGCUGCUCUCUCUCUCUCCCACCUCUCCCCAUCAUCUCCGAGGAAAGCAUACUCGCGCUCAUCAAGUCCAUCACAGCCGAAACAAAUUCGCGCUUACAAACCGAGAUUGACUACAGCAACCGACUUGCUCUCUUACAACACCGCCUUGAACCACAGAAGACAGGACCCAACAAACUCAUUACCCGUACCCUCCGCCACUACCUCACGCAUGUAUACAAAUCCCAUCACCGUCUCUCACUCACCCGUCUACUAUGUGGGGAUAUGGUGCCCAUCACUUUCCACUCUUCCCCAGCUCGUAUUCACUCACUCAACCUCGAUGAAAACCAUUCGAAACGGUGUCGUGCUUGUCUUUCACCGCUGCAACCUGAAUCCCCACAACACGUCCUUUUACAGUGCACUGCAAAUGCCGCAAUCACUACUUUAAGGAACGAAUUCCUCGUUGAUGUCGCCGUGUUCAUCCCCCUACCAACAACUCGGACUUUCACCAAUGUUGAAUCUCUGUAUUACCUCAAGGCUUUUAUAUUCAAUUGGAGUACAGUACGUCGGGUUGCGCGAUUUAUUCAUGAAGUAGUUGUGAUAUGGAAGGCCUUUACACACCAAGAAUUGGAUGGGAGCUAUGACGAAAGUUCUAACGAGAACGAUUAA